ACCGGAAGCCCUACCCGCCACUACGGUUGGGUUCACAUUGUGGACGGUGGUUUAAAAAGAGCAAUGAACCGGGAAGCUUUACACUUUUCCUUUGCAGCAGCUUGACAUUGACUUUGCGGGUUUUCUCUGCGAGGACAUGGCCACCGGCUCUCCGCUGCGGGCUUUCACGCGUCUGGCGGGCGCAAUAACGCGGCGACGCUGCGCGAGCUCCACUUUCCGGAGGAGCGCGAGCUCAGCCUGGAAUGCUGCGCUCCUCGUCACUUUACCUCCACUAUCUUAUCUGGGAUAUGAAACACUCCAGAGAGCAUCAUGCGCAACUGCAGUGUUUGCACUUGACAAAGCGGAGGAAGUUUUAGAACAAGCCGAUUACUUGUACAGCUGUGGAGAAACAGAGAAACUUUACCAGCUCCUGCUGCAGUAUAAGGACAGUGAUGAUGCAGAGUUUCUGUGGAGGCUGGCUCGAGCAUCCCGUGACCUCUCGUUGCUGCCCCACAUCACGGCUGACCAGAAGAAAACUCUCGUCUACGAGGCAUUCGACUACGCCAAAAAAGCACUGGAGAAAAACGAAGUCUGCUUUGCUGCACACAAAUGGUAUGCUGUCUGCUUAAGUGAUGUAGGAGAGUUCGAAGGGGUCAAAGUGAAAAUCGGAAAUUCCGUCAUCAUAAGGGAGCAUUUGGAGAGGGCUGUUGAGCUAAAUCCAAAAGAUGCCACUUCUUUCCAUAUCCUGGGAUACUGGUGUUUUUCUUUUGCUGAAUUGCCAUGGUACCAACGUAAAAUCGCAGCGGUUCUAUUCGCGUCACCACCAACUUCUACUUAUGAAGAGGCCUUGGUGUUUUUCCUGAGAGCUGAAGAAGUGGAUCCAAACUUCUAUAGUAAGAAUCUUCUGAUGCUCGGGAAGACGUACAUGAUGCUGAAGGACCAGGGGAAAGCUCUUCUUUGGCUUAACAAAGCCCGAGACUGUCCUGCCAUUACAGAAGAGGACAAACAGGUUCAUAAAGAAGCACUCGAACUGCUCAACAAACUAAAUGGCUGAUGGAAGGACCUGUAAACAACACAACUAGCGCCUUAGGUUAUUGUAAUUGCAAUGGCUUUAACAGGGAACAAGUAAUAUUUUAAAUAUUGUGUUGGAUGAAAAACAAGCUUUUAUUGUAGACAUUAAUUAAAUAAAAGUACCACUGAUUUGAAUGA